UUUAGUUCUGGUAGGUCUGAAUUUGGGGACCCACCUUUCUGUUUCAGUUUGGAUGGGUCUUCGUUUGAGGUCCCACCUUUCAGUUCCAGGUUUGGUAGGUGAUGGAGUAUAUGGCCCGGGAACCCCCGGCCCACAGACUCCUACUACUCCUUUAGAGGCCCAACAGGCCCAGAAGGUCCAACAGGCCCAAAUCACAGCGCCCAGAGUACCAAGCAGCCCACACUACGCGCCAGGGGUGCCUUCGGCCCCCUGACCGAAGGCUCUAAACUCUCGCAGAACGGGUUUCUCAAGAAAAUUAAGAAACUGGGAGAAAAACGGCGAAAACAGUAGCCCUCGGCACUAUGAGCCCUCGGCACCAGGGUGCCAUCGGUUGGAGGAGCCCUCAGCCACUGCUCUAUGGCCGAAGGCAUCUCACUCGACAAGAUAUCCGCCUCACAUGCGUACAGAUCACCGUACCCCGCACACACGUCCCAUCCAACAGCCGCAUUAAAUGCGGCCACAUGCGGCUGCCAGCGCCAACCAGUUGAGGUGACCCCUCGGCCAAUGAGCGCUUGACACGUGUCCCUGCCCGGCAUUUAUUGCUACUAUAAAUAGCACCCCAUUUCCCCAUUUGUAACCACGCUGAAAACGGCAUUCAUACUGAAUACACUCUCUCUCUACUUUUACUUACUUGCUCUGACUUCUCUCUAAGUUAUUCCCCGUAAUAACCCUUCGGAUAUAUACCCCCGGGUAGACUAUCCAUCAUUUGGUGCUCUCGUUGAGAGGUCGAACAAUCGAGUAAGAAACCCUCCCCCUCGACCAAACACAGAACACUAGCCCUCUAUCAAAAUGGUGAGGACAACACGUGCCAACUCAAAGAACGUAGAAGACAAGAACCUGGCCCUCGGCGACGUCAACGCCCCCGAAGCCUCUCACAGGGCUCCCGAGGGCGGUGUCAUCGCUGGGCUGGAACAGGCGGCUGUCGACCUACGCCUUCAGAUCCAACAGAAUGCCCCCGAUGCCCGCCUCAGCAUCGAUGCCAAGAAGACAAACCGGAGCGAUGACCAAGUCAGCCCUCCGGUUCUCACCAUCGACGUGCAAUCGGCGCUCUCCGCCUUCAUCCAGACGCUCACCCAGAACCCGGGUGCCUUCGGCAACCUGGCUCCAGCUCACCCUCAGAUCGGGGAAAAUAUCAUACUUCCCCCUCUGCCACACCCCUUCGGAAAUCCCACCCCUCGGGUGAGAAACGACGAAGGGGUGGUGGCCCAAGAUACGUCCUCCCAGGAAGUUCAGUCCCGGGACCGCCAUAAUGACAACAGGGAAAGGCCCCGUACUUCCGCCCUCGACCGGCUCGGAGGAGGGCCAGACCGCCGAGGGGUCCAAGACCGCCUCGAGGGGAAAGCACUCCAAUGGCCCCAGGAAAGCGGGGGAUCUGUUUCGAGGGCAGACGAGGAGCGUCCCCCUCGGGACAAAGGCAAGGCACCCCUUCAUGCCGAUGACGCCCGCCACCAUAUCAACCAGGCCCACUCAGCCCGGGUUCGUUCGCAGGGGGCGGAGACCCUCCCGAAGGAUCCCCGGGACGAAAUUAUUGCGGCCCUCCAACGCCGGCUUGACGAGAUGGAGUCCAACAAAGCUCACGCCACCACCUCCACCCCUCAUUCAGAUCUCAAAUACGAGGCCAUGAUGGCCAAAAUGGAGGAGUUGCAGAAGAAGGUGGCCGAGGGCUCCGGAGAACCCGUCAUCCAGCUUCGGACUCGGACGCCAUUUACCCCAAGGGUAUUGGCGGCCCGGAUCCCGGAGAAAUACCGAGGGCAACACAUACAGCCCUACAACGGGAAAACGGACCCCCAGGAACAUUACAGCAAGUACCAGAACAGCAUGAUGAUGGUAGGGGCGUCGGACGAAUAUUUGUGUCGUUGGUUCCUCUCCACCUUAGAGGGGCCGGCAUACGAAUGGUUCAACAGGCUGCCCGAGGGCUGUAUUGAUUCAUGGCAAGAACUCGCCCAGCGAUUCUUGACACAAUUUGCCGGGAGGCGUCGCACAAGGAAGCACUUCUCCCACCUCCUAACAAUACGCCAGAAGAGGGAUGAGACCCUUCGGGACUUCCUAGAGCGCUGGAGGACGGAGGCCGACAAGGUCGACGGUGCUGAUGACGGGACCCUCCUGGCCCUCCUACAAACCGUCCUCCGCACCGGCAACUUUUCAAGGAGCCUCAUCAUUGAACCCCCCCGCGACUACAUAAGGGCUUUGCAGCGGGGGGACCGAUAUGCUGAGGCCGAGGAGGUGGAGAAGUAUCACCAGCUUCCGGACCAGCAGCCCCCGGGGGCUGACAACAAGCAUAACCGAGGGCCAGGGGCUCCUCCAAAUCACCCCAAGACUUCGGGACCCUCUGAUGACCGCCCUCGGCAAGGCCAAGCCAAGCCCGGGGGAGGUUAUAAGAGCAACCCUAAGACUUGGGCACAGCCCAUUCUCCUGGACCGCCCUCGGACACCAUUGACGCACCCCGUCAGCAUCAUCCUCAAUUUUGCCGAGGAGAGGGGCCUCGUUGAGCGCGACUCUCGCGCACCCCCGGAGGUACACGCUAUCAACCCUCAGUUCCCCUACUGUCGCUUCCAUCGGCACCAGGGGCAUAGGACCGAUGACUGCCAUCAGCUAAAGACGGCCAUCGAGAGGUUAAUACAAGCAGGGCACCUGUCCCAAUUUGUUCAGAGCCCUCGGCAGGAGGGACCUUCUCAUCAGGGGCCUCCCCGAGGGCACCACACGAAGGUAAAUGCUUGGGUAAACCCGAAUACCAUCCCCCUCGGCAAGAAGAGGGAGAUUGGAAACUUGGACGAAGAGGAGGAAGAAUACCCCCACUACCAGGAGAAAAAACGCCACAUCCUCAUGAUCACCGGUGGCAAUACAGGGGGCGAUUCCACCAGCCAACGAAAGAAGUGGGCUCAAUCGCUUUACGUGGGGGAAGUCACUCAUAUGCCCCCAGUAAAGCGACUGAGGGAGGAACCCAUCACCUUCACCAACGCAGAUCUCCCUCCUACUUCUUCUCCUCACAGGGAUGCCUUGGUGAUUCGGACGGAGAUAAACGACACCAUCAUUCACCGAACUUACAUUGACACGGGCAGCUCCG